AUGGUUUUGAUUAAACAUCUCAUUGUUUUCAUUCAAUUGGCUCUUUUGGCUCAUUGUCUGCCAAAUGAGUUGGUUGUAGAGCGAGAGGAAGCAAACUAUGCCCCCAAUUGGGACUCUAUAGACAAGAGACCACUUCCCGCAUGGUACGAUGAAUCGAAAAUUGGUCGAAAUGGAAAGAAGGCAAAGAAAAAGGAUACACUGACUUUAUGACUCAAAACUAUAAGCCACACUUUACUUAUCCAGAAUUUGCUAAUCAAUUCACAGCAGAAUUCUAUGAUCCCAACCAUUGGGCCGAUAUAUUCAAAGCCUCGGGAGCUAAAUAUGUUGUGCUCACGAGUAAACAUCACGAGGGCUUUACAAUGUGGCCAUCGAAGACUUCUUGGAAUUGGAAUGCUUUAGAUAUUGGACCGAAUCGGGACUUAUUAGG